GCCAACACGCUGCUCUCUCUCUCUCUCUCUCUCUCUCUAUCAAUCAAUCUAUAUGUCUAUAAAAAGCACACCUUUCUUUCUAUUUAUGAGACCCAACCCUAAACUGGAAGGAAGCCAAAUGGUUGUUGAUGAUUCUAUAUAUUCCCACCUAAUCCCUGGAUUGCUUCCUUCCUUUACUCUCCAGCAGUAUCCUAUUCCUGACCCGAUGUGGGUUUUCCCAGGAACACUCGUCUUCCUCUGGAUCUGAAACCAAGCUUCCGCUGGUUGGCUUUUUUUGAUGGCUUCUUCGUUCCUCUAAAUUUGGCAAGAAACCGCCGUUUUUGGUUCGCUUCUGCCGCACACAAGCUCCAUAAUACAGAAAUAAGAGGAACCUCCAUCGCCCAGUACCCCCCUCAAGAACAAGGAAUCGGUGGAGAUGGCGAGAGAGAAGAUUCAGAUCAGGAAGAUCGACAACGCGACUGCCAGGCAGGUCACCUUCUCAAAGAGGAGAAGAGGCCUUUUCAAGAAAGCCGAAGAGCUCUCCAUUCUCUGCGACGCCGAUGUUGCUCUCAUCAUUUUCUCCGCCACCGGCAAGCUCUUCCAGUAUUCCAGCUCCAGUAUGAAGGAAAUACUUGAAAAGUAUAACUUGCACUCAAGGAAUCUUGAGAAACUGGAACAGCCCUCUCUUGAGCUGCAGCUAGUAGAGAAUAGCAACUACCACAGAUUAAGCAAGGAAGUGGCUGAGAAAAGCCAUCAGCUAAGGCAAAUGAGGGGAGAGGAGCUCCAAGGGUUAAAUAUCGAUGAACUGCAGCAGCUAGAGAGGUCCCUCGAAGCUGGAUUGAGCCGUGUGAUACAGAUAAAGGGUGAGAAGAUAAUGAAAGAGAUUGCCCACCUUCAACAAAAGGGAGCGCAGCUCAUGGAGGAGAACGAGAGACUGAGACAGCAAAUCAUCGAAGUAUCCAAUGCUCGAAAGCACCCUGGCACAGAGGAAGGCCAAUCCUCAGAGUCAGUCACCAACAUAUGCAACUCCAGCACGGGUCCUCCCCCCGACUCUGAGAGCUCGGACACAUCCCUCAAGCUGGGGUUGCCAUACUCAGGCUGAAGGGAAGCUUGUCCAUAAUGGGAGGAGAUUGAUCUAGUGCUGAGUGGGGAGCAGAAAGAGUAACCCUACUAUUGUAGACAUAUGAUCACUCUGAAUUUCUGCAGCCAAAUGUCAUGAACUACAAGACCUAGUCUAUCUGUGUGUGAAGCAAAUGAACUGAGUCCAAGCAUGGGCUUGCUAUAUGUUGUAUUAUUCCCUUGUUCCCGUCAAAUAACAAAUCCUAGGUUUCUUCUAAACCUAUAACAAAUUGUUGGUAUUUUAUGAAGAAAGAAAAAAAGAGAAGAGAAAAAAUAGUAAAGUAAAAGUCAUAUAUUU